AUGGAAGGGCUGGCGAGGACGGAGCUGAGGAAGCAGGAAGAAGCGUUGAAGGAGCAAGAGGCCGUAGUCCUGGCACAACGCGAGCAGAUUCUCAGCCUCCAAUCUCAAGCCGGCGAUGCGCACACCGUAUCCCAGAGUCCUUUGUCUAACGCCUUCGAAGUCUUGCGAGCACCGGAAGAUGCAUCCUCGCGGCACGCGGAGUUCGUGGACGUCGGAUCGACGAUUGCCUCUUACGAUGACGUCGUCCUCAGCAUGGUCCGGACUUUGAACUUCGAAAUCUCCGAGGUCGCCUCCCAGGUCACGAACGCCUUCCGUGUCACGGACACGCCUGACCACGACAACGUCAACCUAGCAUUCGAACGCGCCCGUGAAGCCGUAGGGCCUGUCAUGGCCGAGCUCCUCGAGUCGAUACAACAUCAAGACGAUCCGAUCAUCGUCGACAUCGCGCUCAAGGCCGACAUGGUCGGAUUCGCGGCAGAGGUUGCAUCUGCCUGGGACUUCCAGCACCAGAGCCGGUCCGUCUUCACGGGGCUCUACAAGCAGAUGCGUCGUUCGGAGUCGCAAUCGGUGUGCGGCCAAUGGCGUUCUCGCGCGCGCAAGUAUUCCAAGCAGCGCCUCUACAACAGCCGCGAUCUCGUCCCGGGCUUUUCGCACCAGCUCGCGGAGCGGAUCGCGGAUCUGCUCACCGUCGCCGGCGGGUCCUCCGCCGCAGAAGACAUCCACGCUGCAUACGCGCCGCAUCUCGAAACGAUCAUCCGCACCGCGCUCGACCUCCAACGCAUCACCGGCGAGGAGGUCGUUGCGUGCGAUUACGAGGUCCUCACGGCACGCUUCGACGAAAUCUUUGACAGCGAGCAGAUGGAGGACAUCUACAACGGGGAGAUCGCCGCGACCGGUCCACCCGGGACCGUCCCUCGUGUGCUCUCCACCGCGGACCUCGGCCUGCGGCGCUCGCAGAAGGUUGCCGAUGCUGUCGACGAUGAUGAUGGAGUCACAACGACGAUGCUGCUGAAGCCGAAGGUCGUGCUCGAUACUGUUGUGUACGAGCUAGGACUUGUCGACGAAGAGGACGCUAGCCCGUCGACGGCAGAGCCGUCUGCUUGA